CGUAACACAUAAAGGGGAUUAAGAAGUACCAUCUUCCAUUUAUAAAUAAUAAUAGUAUAACAACUUUGUAUAGUGACACAAGGUUACAUUGACUGUGGUGAACAUUUUGUAAUGUACAGAAAUGGCAAAUCGCUAUGUCAUAUACCUGACAGAAAUAUAACAAUGUAUAUCAACUAAAGUUGAAAAUAAAUAUUUAAGAUAUUUACAUGUCUUUCAAAAUUAUCAGUUUAAAUACUGAUGAUAAUAGGCAAAUAAACAUUACAAUUCAUAACUAAAAUGACUUGAAGAGGUUCAUUUCAUUAUGUCACAUACCUGGUAAUGUCAGCUUGGGUCUGGUCUAAACUUACUGAUCUCAUUCUAUCAAUGGAACACUUCAAUGAAAUCCUUAUACCCUGAACUAUCACUGAUCCCAUUAAAGUCACCAACAGAGACUGAGCAAAGAAUAAAGGGAAUCAGAGAGAAACUAGACCCGCUGACCCCACCCAGAUCUUUCACCCGCAUGAACACCACCCCUAGUGCUGCACACAGCACAGCACCAUUCUCCACGGUGGGGGGAGGGCAGUUAGACAUCCUAAUGGAGGUGAGGGACCCCUGGGGAUGCAGGAAGGAAAUUGGUGGUGAUUCCCGGAGGGCUGGGAUCUGGGAUAUGUCCCCAUCUCAAAAAGCAGGCACAACACGAAUGGAGGCAGACUUCAACAACAGCACCUACCUUGUCAGCUUCAGUCUGUUCUGGGAAGGCCAGGUCUCAUCUCUCCUGAUCAUCCACCCCAGUGAAGGAGUAUUCUGGAGGGCAAGGAGCCAAGGCUACGACAGGGUUAUUUUCAAUGGUAAAUUUGUUAAUGGAACUACUCAUGUCUUCAUUGAAUUUGGCCUGACCCCAAACUCACAUGAGCUGUGGGAGUACUUGUAUACCCAAGACCAAGAAGCCUUCUACCACCUGAAACCUCAGCACACACACUGUGAGGCUCUGACUCACAGGGCCACCAGGAAUUGAGAAAUGUCUUAUCCUGCUGUGAAGGAGAAAAGCCUUUUUGUGCACAUCAAUAUACUUUUAGAUAACCGGGAAGUUCUGUGGGCAGAGCUACAUUCAAUUAAUAUUGAACAUAACACUUUCAGAUACUUCCCUCCCACCAACUUUACCCCCCCAAUCCGUUGUCUAUACUGCAUCCUAAGUAAUCUUUCCAAAAAUCCAACUUCUACUGGUCAUCUCCAUUUGAUCCCAAGAUCAGAUAUUCCUCAGCAUAGUGAAAAAUUAAAAGGAUAAUGCCAAGUCAGAAUGAAGACUCCCGUCCCUGGUGGUUAUACUUCAGAAGGAAGGUGGAUUACAUUUUGUAACCAGAUUCAGUUAAAUACAAUGGAGAUAAAUGGCUCUUUGAAAGGAACAUUCAUUUAUCUCCUGGGAGACUCUACCUUGCAUCACUGGAUCAAAUACUUAUCCAAACUUGUAAAAAAUUAUAAAUUUUUUCAUCUUCCUGGAACUGGAAUUUUUGAGAAGCAUUUAUUCUUGGGUGCAGAAAGACACAUUCAGAUUCAGUGGAAAAAACAUAGGUACUCUUUUGUCACCCUUCAGCUCUACUCUGGGAUAGACGAGGGUUAUAUUCCUCAGGAAAAUGAUGGGAUAUCAGAUGACAAAAGCACAGCCAUCGUCAUCACACGUAGCCAACACUUCAGGCCCUUCCCCAUUGACAUUUUCAUUUGCAGGGCCAUGAAUGCCCGAGAAGCUAUUACACUACUAUUCCUAAGAAGCCCAGCCACUAAAGUGAUCUUUAAGACAGAAAACAGGAAGAUGCACAUACACACAGUCAGGUUUGGAAACUUCCGUGGUUACAUUCAAUAUCGUACCAAGGACAUUUUCAAAGAUCUCGGUGUGUAUGUCACUGAUGCCUGGGACAUGACUAUUACACAAGGCACUAAUAGUGUCUACCCACAUGACUAUGUAAUUAGAAAUCAGAUCAACAUGUUUUUAAACUCCAUUUGCUAAAGCAUAAAUAUACAAAACCCCUAGAACCAAUCUCUACAAAUAAUUCGAUUUGUAUUGUCAAAGAAUCCAU